UCUAUUCCCUUUCAUCGGUCAGUUGAUAAGUGUGUGUGUGUGUGUGUGUGUGUGUGUGUGUGUGUGUGUGUGUGUGUGUGUGUGUGUGUGUGUGUGUGUGUUUGAAUAAGUUUAAUGUUUUUAAUAAUCCUGACCGUAUCACCGAUGACAAACGAUAGUAGUACCAUUAUGCACGGACGUGACAUGGUGCCUGUUGUUUGGUCAGGUUUAGAGGAGGUGUUCUUUGGUCCGCGGAAUCAGACGGUCAAAGAAGGUGAGGGGGCCUCCUUCCGCUGCGUGUCCGGCGAAAGCUCGUCCCCCGCCGCCAUCCUGUGGAUCAAAGAUGGCAGCGUGGUCACCACAGGGAGGCAAAGCCAGGGAGAAUACGGAGGCGGGCGUCAGAAGAAGACGUCGGGAACGCUUCAUCUGGUCAACGUGAGCGUGGAGGACAGUGGCGAGUACGUGUGCCAGACCGUCAACCCUUCGCUCAACAUCAGCAGGACCAGCAGGCCGGCCAGGCUCACCGUGCUCGCCGCCCCUUCGGUGACCGUGCGGCCCCCCGCUUUAACGGUGGCCCUGGGGGGCCGAGCGUCCCUGCACUGCGAGGCGUCGGGCGAGCCCCCGCCGUCCAUCAGCUGGCUGAAGAGAGGACACUCAAAGCAGACCGGGGCCAAGAUGACCUCGGGAGCGAGGAACGCCACGCUCCGCAUCGAGUCGGCUCGCAGCUACGAUGAAGGCACAUAUGUGUGCGACGCCUCCAACGCGCUCGGUCGCAGCCGAGCCACGCUCACCCUCGUCGUUGCGGGCUCCUUGCCCCCAUCUGUGUCUCCACAACUCCGGUCCACAAGCGUUCCUCCAGUGCAGCCUUUGGUGACUCAGGUGCAUUCUCCAAUGUUGCCGCCACCGCCGUACCCCAACCUCCCGAUGGAGCUUCCUCAGCACCCCGAACCUCAAACGGAUGCUCGCCCCACCACGCGGGCAUCCACACGUCCGCCUCACACCACUGUGACCAAAUCUUCUCUGGUCCGGCUCGAAAACUCUCUCCAAAGGCCUUCCAAUCAGGCCCGUACUCCGACGGCGGAACCUGCCGAGGUCCGAGGGCUCGUUGAUUCCGGUGGGCAAAACAGUAGCCGGCAGGAUCAAUCGGUGGCGUCGUCUAAGGAGGGAGAUGAGGAGCAGAGGAACACGUCGCAGUCGCCUAUGACCAGCAAAGACCCUCGCUCCAGGGUGACCCCGCAGUCGCCUUUGUGGCUGCCCGUCCUGGAGAAACACGACGUGCCCAUUGUGGUGGGUGUGGGCGUGUCUCUGGCCUUCAUCUUCAUCACGGUGGCCUUCUACUCUAUGGUUCAGAGGAACGAGCCAGCGCCCACCGGACGUGCAGCCAAGAGGAACCUCGGCGUCCCCAUGCGUCACGCGGAGCGCCACCACGCAGGGCCACCGUACGAAAACCGGGCCUUCGAAGACGACGAGUGCUUGGCGGUGACGGAACACAACACCAACACGUCAGACACCGGCGCUAGACCUCCAGGCCUGAGUCUGGUCACGGUGCAGACGGAACCCACGUGUGAGGACCCCCGCUCCGUCACGGUGGAGACCUACCCCGAGCCCGUUGUGGACACCAAGAUUGACUACAGUGAGGAGGAGGAGAUGAAGGACGAAGAGAAGGGCCACGGUCCUCCCAGCACUCCCAAUACUCCCAGCUUGCAGUUGACAGAAGAGGAGUGGCCCAGCAUAACGGCAGAUAACCGAAGCCUGUGCCAGGACACCGGACUUUCUUUUUAA